CAUGACGUUGUUUACGCAACGCUGACGCGCGUUGAUGACGUAAACCCCCUUUCUGAAAACAUGGCGUCUACUGUGUCGGUGGUGGAGGAGGUUGAAGAUUAUUCCUUUUUGCCUAUUAUUCACGACAUCAUAAAAUGCAUGGACAAAGACAGUCCAGACGUCCAUCAGGAACUGAACAAGCUGAAGACGAAGAUCCAGGAGGCUCGGGAGCAGAUUUCAGCCAUGCCGGGGAUCGACAUGAGUCCCGCGCUGCAGGAGAGCAAACUGCGCACUCUCAGAGAGCAGGUCCGGACCAAGAACCAGCUUCUGCAGAAAUACAAGAGCCUGUGUAUGUUUGACAUCCCCAAACCCUCCUGAGAAGAAACGAACCAUGAAUACAAACACGGACAGCUGUUUACACGAGUGCCUAUCCAUGCUCAUGUGUGUAACUAAGUGAGCCACCGGUAGAGGCGACACCGAUUCACUGAUGCCACACUUUUGUAAUAUUGCUAUAUUUUUAUUAUUUGUAUAUAUAUUUUCGGUUUUACUUUGAGCGGAGAAUUUGAAAUAUAAUGUUGGUGUUAGUGAAUAGAUACUGUAUACUUUACCUUUGUCAUAAUUUUUGCAUUAAAUCACUCCUUUAGUAGA